AUGAAGAAAUGUGAUAAUGAAAGAAUAGCUUAAUAAAUAUAUGCAAGUUAGAUGUUAAAAUUGUAAGGUAAAAUUUUGGAGAAGAAGUUAAUUAAAACAGGGUCAAAGAAUUAGAUUGAAAGUUAAUCAUAAAACAUCUCAAAUAACAAUAGUCCUGUCGUUGGAAGAUAAAAGUCUUAUGAGAAUCUAUAGAAAGUUAAUAAGACAUUUAUUAAUCAACCUGUCUCUUAAUAAAAAUUAAGCAGUAUUUUGAAUGUGAUUAGUGGAUAAUAACAAAACACUAAAUAAAAGUAUUCCAUUAACAACGAAUUGAUUGAAACUGUUAAGAUUUCACAUAAGUUACGAAAGAAUCAAUCUAUGAUACAUAUCGAAUAAUAAUCUCCUGCUCUAACUAAAAAUGCAUCCUUCCAUCAUUCAGUUAAAAAUAAAAUCAAUAGUAAUAGUGUAUCAAGUGAUCAAUCUUAAAUUCAAAAAGUCAAAGAGAAAAUCAAAUUAUUAUUAUAGGAACGAGAUUAAAAUCUACCAUAAGAUGCAAAAGAAUUAGCAUUUAUGACUAAAUUCAAUCAAAUUUUAAAUUAAUUAGUGGUAGUGUUAUUUCAAGAACCAAAUUUAUAAGCAUCUCAAUAACAAUUCAAUCUGCCAUCUUCAACUUAAGAUACUUUCUAAGCUAUUUAAAUAGAUCAUUUUUUUAAAAGGCAGAUUCAGAUAUUGCAAUAGUCUUUUUAGUUAUAAUUAGACAAGAAGAAAUUAGAAAAUGUGUUAUUGUAAAUAAAAAAGAAGUAAGAGAUUUUGCAAUAGGAAAAUGAUUAAUUGUCAUCAAAUAAAUUAUAAAUGAAUGAAUAGAUAACUUAAUUAAAGUAAUAAAUUACAGAAUUGUAAAAAUAGAACGAUAACAAUGAAGAAAAUAUUUAAUUAGAAUCAGGUAAUUAUAUUUAAUAUUGAAAUAGAAACUUAAGAGUUAAAAUAUCUUGUAUAAGGAUAAUUUGAAGCCAUACAAAAAUUGUUAUAAAGAGAAUAAUUAAUGAAGGUAUUUUUAAAAAGAGUGGGUGAUAGUUCUAUAAUAGAGUAAAAAAAAUAUAAUAUUUGAAAUUGAUAGGAUGUUUGAAUAAUUUAUCCAGAGUGCAGAGAAUGUGAAUUAAGAUGAUACUGAAGGAAAUUUGAAUAUUGAUAUGUUGCCAUAACAGAAACAUACCUAGGUUUAAAAGAAUAAUUAAUAAUAAUAAUAAUAAUAAUAAAUUCCAGAUAAAAUAAUUCAAUAAUAUGAAAUUAGUUAUAAACAAUUAGAUUUAUGUGAUUCACUAUUAGCUGAUGAUUCAAGUAGAUAUUAUUUCAUAAUAUUAUAUAGGAGUGAAUGAUUCAGAAGAAAGUAGUUUCGGAUAUUUAGGAAAAGAGUAGGCAACCGAAGUCAGUUGUUAUUUCACUUAAGCUUAGUAAUUUAUUUAAUUAGUUAUUUAUUUUUAGAUAAUUUUAAUAGCAACAAAACCAAUAACCAUUUUAACAACAACAGAAUUUAAAAGUGAAAGGAAAAUCUAAUAUUAAAGAUAAGUUAAGAAUUAAUAUGAUGGAUGUGUAAUUAGCAUAAGCUGCGUAAUUAAUAUUUUAUAAUUAAUUAAAGUUAGAAACAUGAAUAUCUGAAAUAGCAAUAAUUGCUAUAAUAAUAAUAGUAACAUCAUGAUAAGAUUUUGCCAGAUGAUAUUAAUAGUGAUGAUGUAAGUAAAAUUUAUAUUCAUAGUUUUGA